AUGGCUCCUUUUGGAACUGAAUAUAUAUGCAAUUAUAAUUAUCAUACAUCAGAUGAUUUUGUUAUUAGUAUAGCUGCUGGUCGACGACAAAAUUCUUCACAAUUAUCUUUUGUCUAUUUACGAACAAAUACAACAGAUGGACAAUAUCAAAAAUUAGGUUUAUUCACAUUUUCACGUGAAACAAAAAUUGCUUCACGCAAUAACUCAUGCACUUCUAUAUUAAAUAUGAAUGAAGGUGAACAUGAUGUGCAAGUAUGGAAAGGUAAUGUAUCUGAUUUAUCAACAUUACAAGUUGAUCCUUAUGGAAAAUAUGCGUAUGGUUUUCUUUCACAAAAUAUUUUUAUUUAUGAUAUUAAAAAUCAGUAUGUAAAAAAUUUUUCAUGGAAUGAUAUAUUUCCAUCGAUAAGUAUUUAUCCUCAUGGAUUAGAUGUAACUGAAACAAAUGAUAGUUUCUCAAUGGCAAUUAUUGCUGGUUAUUAUGAAAUUGAUAUUGAAAAAACCUUACCAGCUAUUUAUCUUGUUCGUUUAAAUCCUCCGUAUAAUAUGACUCUUGUUGAUAAUUAUACUUUGUAUUCCGAUAAUCAAAAAUUUGUUCGUGGACGUUAUGCUUCUAGUUAUCAAUUUGGUUAUGUUAUGUCUGUUUCCAUACAUGAUUCAACUCAACAAGUUCUUGUUGGUGUUCCACAAUUAAGUAAAACAUAUCUUUUUUCAUUUAAUAGUACAAAUUUAACAUUGAUUAAUACAUUGAAUUACACAGCACGUUCAACAAGUUGGCUUGAUGAUAAUGGUAUACAAGCUGGUUUACUUCUUAGUAAUGAAGCUACACUUCCUUGGGCACAAUCUCGAAUACAAGUAGUAGAUAUAUCUUCUUAUAAUAUAUUAUAUGUUUAUCCCAAUAAUCAACAAACCUUAGAACAAUGGUCAAGUACACCUCCAACAUUUAUUCGUUUAACAAAAACAUACGCUAAUCAAUUAGUUAUACUUACAGAAGAUGGAAUUGUAGUAUUAGUUUCUUCAGCUGAUGCAGGUUACUAUAUAAAAACAGAUGAUAUUAAUUCUCCGUCACAACGGCUAGUCCAAUGCCCACGUGGAACUUAUAAAAGUAUUCGAGGUCCAACACCAUGUAUGAUAUGUCCGACAAUGACAAAGAGUUCUUCUAUUAGUGUAACAUCUAAUUCAUCAAAUGACACGAAUGUCAUGUAUUUGACUAUUAAUUGUACUGCUUGUUUGUCAGAUUCUUUUUGUCCGCUCGCUUCCGUUGUUGAUGUUAAUAAAUCAGCUAUUCAAUCGAUCAGUCAAGCAUAUGCUUAUCCCUCAUCUUCAAGUUCAUCACUUGAUGAUAUUCUCAUACAAAAUACAUUUAAUCUACAAACUGAUUCUCAUCGAUGUCUUCUCAUAUCACCAUUUUUUUGGGCUUUGAUUACAUUAUGUCUUGCUUUUAUUGUUUUACUUAUCAUGGCAAUUUUAUAUUGUUCUCCAACAGGCAAGAAACAUUUUAAACGUCUUGAAUGUGUAUUUCGUCAUUCUGAUCUUAUUGGAAAUGGAGAAUUAUGGUUUGGUGGACUUGUGUCAUUUUCUAUUAUUGUUCUUGUCGUCUAUAGUUUUUGGUUUGGUACAGUUUUUGUUAUACAAUAUCCAAUAGAAACAUCAAAUGAUGCUUAUUUUGCAUGUGAUACAUCAUUAAGAAAUAUUCAAUAUAGUUCAGCACUACAAUUAGCAGUUACAAUUAAAUCGGAUGAAGAAGCACCUAUAUUUGAUAUGCUUGAUAAGCAAGACUUUACUAUGACUAUCAAUUUUGUGCAGACAGGUUUUACCUGUAAUGAUGUUACUGAGCAGGAAAAUAUUGGCACUUAUUCUGUCUCAUUACCGCGUACCAAUUGCACUAUGCAACCAGAUAAUGCUACAGUCACUGUAGUAUAUCGUGUGCCUUAUCAUCAAAUGAUUAUACAAAUAAACUUGACAGGUAAAUCAUACUUCAGGAAUGAUUCAGCAUAUGUUCUUCAAAAGUUAGACUAUUGCCAAUCGUUUUAUACAUCCAAUCAAACUAUUGGCCAAACAACUGAAAUCUAUUUUGCCCUUACAAAAGUCAUUAACCGAACAGAAUCCUUACAUUAUAGUGAUUCAACUAAUUAUAGUGGUAUAUGGAUUCCAACAUCAACUCAUGGAUCACUUAAUGAUCAUGUUGCUUAUUUACAACGAGGUCAAUUUCUUCGUUAUUUAUCUACACAACAUACACUGACAAUUACUUUUAGUGAAACAGAAUUUUAUGUCAUUAAUAAACAACAACCAAUUGCACGAAGCGGUGAAGUUAUUUUUCAUAAUAUACUUUUCACAACGACUGUUAUUGGUAUCUUUGCAUUAGCUUUUCUUCUUUUUAAAUUGACGUUUAUUCCAAUAGUGAAAUGGAUUAUAAGGCACGAAAAUUUUUUAUUAAAAUUUUGUAAAUUAAGAAAGAAAAAACUGACCGAAAAUAAAUAUCUAUUUUAA